AUGGCAUGUUUAAGAGCGCGAGCGGAGCGCGAAAGUCUAUCAUUACUGAACAAAGCGUUCGAAAGACUACAGAUCCAUUAAUAGAGAUGGCAGAAACCGCCCCAGCUGCAGCUGCCCCGCCGGCCAAAGCGCCCAAGAAGAAGUCCGCCGCUAAAGCCAAGAAAGCAGGUCCAGCUGUCGGUGAUCUGAUCGUUAAAGCCGUGUCCGCAUCCAAGGAGAGGAGCGGCGUGUCUCUCGCUGCUCUGAAGAAAGCUCUCGCUGCCGGCGGCUACGACGUGGAGAAGAAAAACUCCCGCAUCAAGCUCGCCAUCAAGAGCCUGGUGACUAAAGGCAUCCUGCUGCAGGUCAAAGGAACCGGCGCCUCUGGAUCCUUUAAGAUCAGCAAGAAGGAGACCGAGACCAAGAAGAAGCCGGCGAAGAAAGCGGCUCCUAAAGCCAAGAAGCCCGCGGCCAAGAAACCCGCUGCUGCCAAGAAGCCCAAGAGCGCAGCGGCAAAGAAGCCCGCCGCUAAGAAAUCCCCCAAGAAGGUCAAGAAACCCGCUGCCGCCGCUAAGAAGGCCACCAAGAGCCCCAAGAAGGCGAAGAAGCCCGCGGCGCCCAAGAAAGCAGCCAAGAGCCCCAAAAAAGCCAAGACCGCCAAACCCAAGACAGCGAAGCCUAAAGCUGCCAAGCCUAAGAAGGCAGCUCCCAAGAAGAAGUAAACACUGCUGUUUUAUUCCCCAACGGCUCUUUUCAGAGCCACCCACAAACUUGAAACAAAGAGCAGUUUACUUUAUGGAAGUAAAGUUAGUAUAAGAAAUGUAAGUAUACUGUAUCACCAUUGUAAUUUAAAAUCUACACGAUUCAUAAAAUGGCAGACACAACAUGACAGUAAUCCAUCACCAACACAAUAAAUAACUGAGCAAUAAAUACGAUAUUUAUAAGAUCUUAAGACCACGGGUUUGCGACCAGUUUUACUGCUUCCUUAUGUUCACUGAAAUCAAUGGUCAACUAUAGUCUUAUCCACAUU